GGGAAAACGCUAACAAGCCCCGCCCACUCAAAGCAGUAAACAGGAAUGCUAGCUGUUAAGAAACAUCGUUUGAACGAUCGUUUAAAUUGUUCACUAUAGACGGACAAUUUGCCUAUUAAAGGCGAUGGAAGACGACAUUCUGACAACGUUGAAAAUACUAAUCAUUGGAGAAAGUGGCGUCGGGAAGUCCAGCCUUCUCCUAAGAUUCACAGAUGACACAUUUGACCCAGAGCAAACAGCCACAAUAGGUGUUGAUUUCAAAGUAAAGACCAUCAGUGUAGAUGGCAAUAAGGCAAAGCUAGCAAUAUGGGACACUGCUGGGCAGGAGCGUUUCAGAACCCUGACGCCCAGUUACUAUCGUGGUGCACAAGGAGUCAUCCUAGUGUACGAUGUCACAAGGCGAGAAACUUUUACCAAACUGGAAAACUGGCUCAAUGAACUGGAGACGUACUGUACAAGGAACGAUCUUGUGAAAAUGCUCGUUGGAAACAAGAUAGACAAGGAAAACCACGAACUCGACAGGGCCGAAGGGCUGAAGUUUGCAAGAAAACAUUCCAUGCUUUUUAUAGAGGCCAGUGCAAAAACCCGCGAUGGCGUUCAGUGUGCAUUUGAGGAACUCGUCGAAAAGAUCAUCCAGAGUCCGGGAUUAUGGCAGAGCGAGAGCCACGGCCGAGCCGUGCAGCUCACCGACGAGGACGCGGGAGGCGGAGCCUGCGGAGGAUAUUGCUCGCUGCUUUAGAUAACAGCCGUGUAGUUUUCUGACAUACAAGUGUGAAUACCCAAAACCCUUCGACACAAAUCUCCGCUUCCGUCCUCUUCCCCUCACACGUCGUGUUGCCGUGAGCUGAAUACCCAGACUGUGGGCUCGGAUCAUUCACCUCUCCUGCGUUCACACAGGCGUUACUCUUUGCACAUGUUCUUUAUAAAGGUACGCUUGAAAUGCAAAAGCCGCUCAGCCUUGAUCUCAACGUAGGAUGCGUGGCGCAGUAUCGGCUUGGAAUUUGUGAUGAAUCGCCAUCGUCAGUUUACUUUCUGCAAUUUGUGUCGUUUUUCUUCUAAAAAAAGGAAACAAAUCUAAGUGUUUAAUGAUCUGGUUCUGAAGCAGUAUCAUGGAAUUAUAUUGACUAAGUUUAUUUUUUGUUGUUGUUGUUAUUGUUGAAGCUGGAUAGGUACAGAUGCUUUGCUAUAUGGACAAAAGGAUUGGGGUACCAGAGUGUACCAGUCCUCUUAUUGUUUGCGGCCGGGGCUUUUAAGUCCAGUCUCAAGGACCUUGUUUUGUGCACUGGAGUUGGUUAUGCUGGAACGGAAAUGAACCUCCUCCAAGCACAAAUACUGAAACAAUAUAAUUGUUCAAAACAUCUUGGUAAAGUGAAAAUCAAGGAAGCCAGCUGGAAUUGAUUUCAAUGAAGAGGUGUCCCAAGACUUUUGUCCAUCGUAUAUUUUACACACAAUUUAUAUACUUUAUACAGCACACUUUGUUUAUGCAGACGUUCUAUAAUGCCAAACCAUCUUAAAAGUCCAGAGCAACACUCUGCUCACGGCUUGGAUUCCACUCACACAACUGCCUCAUUUACUCUCAAUAUAAUCGAUUUAGCAAGUGUUUUGGGAUGACAUUUUAUUGACUUUGAUCUUUAAGGCUCUUUCUUUUUUUUUUUUUUUUUUUAAAUAUAUAUACACACACACACACACAAGUGGAUGAGUCAAAUGGAUUGGCACCAGCAAAAAAGCUUUCCACCCAACACCGUGGUCAAUGUGACACUUCAAGAGAGGGCGAGACACUCUGGCGCUUGCUCGCUCAGACAGAUAAUAUCAGCGAUAUCACUAACAGCGCUGCGUUCUGUCAUAAUGAAGGAAAAGUGUUCAAUAUCCAGCAAGUGUUGCCUAAAUUUGAACAGUCACAGAAAAAAAAGAAAAAAAAAAGGCUGUGCUCUGUGCCCCACAUUGCAAAUGGGUUUAACAGCCGUGCUGGGUUUGAAUCUGGGAAAUGUACGGUAGCUCCGAGUGUCUGAUCUUUUAAUACAGGGAUUGUGAAAGGGACAUGAAUAGCACACUACAUUGUCUAAUCAAAAUUUGGAGAUUUUUUUAAUUUAUUUUUUUUAACCUGCAUGUGGAACUGCCUUACCUAUUUUCAGUAUGUCGAUUAAGCUCAAGAUAAAACAGUAAUUUGGUUUUAGAACUGUUAUUGAACACAACAUGGUUUUAAUAUUAUUAUAUUAGUGCAAACUCUUGUGAUGUCUGCCAUUUUAUUUCCGUUGAGAAAUAUUCUUGUGUACAUUUGACAUAUUUAGCAAUUGAUAGGAUCAUUCCUAAGUUGUAAAGCUGAAUGUUUACAUAUUUACUACAGACUGUCCUAUCUGUUAAACUAUUAUUUUUCUUUGUAUUUUUUUUUUUUUUUAAAUGUCAUUAUCACACAUACUGUAAGGCUAUGUCGAGAUAAAGUUAGCGCAAUAAACGAUAAUAACGAAUGAAA